AUGCAGACAGUACAAAGCUGGAGUGAAACGCAAAUCAUAACGGUGAGCGUGCUCGGGGCCAUAGCAUUCGCAGCAGUUGUUGCAAGCGUCGUUGAGAUUUUGAAGUCGCGGAAACGAGCCAGAGAUUUUGCAGGUAAGCUGGACAAUGCAGUAGCGGAGGUUGGCGUCGAGCAAAGUCGCACUAUUUCACUUCAGCAGGAAUUGAGUCGUCGAGAAGUUUUCAUUGAUCGCAACAUCCUCAAGGGCCCGGGGGCCGUCUCCGCCGCACCAUAUGAGGAGUGCCCAAAACAAUGCCAGGAGUAUCGCCCAGAGUUUGCCCUCGAUGGUGCCUCUGCUCUGGGGAGUGACGACAAAAACAGCGAUCGUGACGAUGACGACCACGACGACGGAGUCGGCGAAGGCGGUCUAAGCGCGGAAACUACUCCAGACGUAGCUGUCGACGCUGUCCAGUCCUGCACAGCUAUGUUGGCGGUCCGGGACUGUCAGGUUUCCCGGGACGAUCUGUGCCACAGAGCCAGCAUGAAGGAAGCGCGGGAGAACCGAUACGUCUGGACUCGUCCACAGCAAGGCGAACCCCAAGCUCAGAUCGAUCGGUCCUGGGAGUCGAACACGAUUGAGAAUACCCAAGAAGAAUCGCCAAGGGCAGCUGAGAACAAAGUCCCAACCGAGGUCGGGACUGCGGCUACCGAGGUUGAUCGAAACGGCGCUGGUAGGGAUGACGUUGGCGCCAUGCGCUAG